AUGUUCAGAUUGUUAGAUUUCCAAGACUCGUUACUUCAUUUCAAUUUGUUGUACACUGCUCACACUUCCUAUACACGGCUUCCGUUCACUAGACAUAUGUGCGACAAUCUCUGUGACGAGGCAACCAUGAUCCCGAUUCCGCCGCUUCUUCAGGUUCCAAAAAUACUAACUCCGUUUGAAGAAGUAGAAGAAUCAGAACGGGCAGCUCACCAGCAGUUGGAAUCUCUCCUGUUCGAGGCAGAAGUGAUGCUACGCGAAUACGAGCAUUUGAAGCAAGGACUACGUGCCUAA